AUGUGGGCACUGUGCUCUGAAUUCAUCGUAGUUCUGCAAUUGCUCAGGACAUAUUCAAUGUUAGCAUAUGAGGUAGUACAGGAUGCCUUACUGGAAGAAGCGACCAUAUUUUGGUCGCUGUUUUGCAUAAUGGGAUUUUCCCACGCAGACUUUCUUGUUGCUAUUCUUACUCUGCUGUCAAGCGAAGCUUCACUUAUGAAUAGUUGGCAUCCUGUUCCUAUGUAUUCAAUUUACUCCUAUGCUGGAUUGCAAGGAUGGGUUUUGCAUAUAUGGGUUUUCUGUAUUGAAGGAGAAGGAGAACAUUGUUUUCAAUGGAAUAAUUGCUUUUAAUUGGAUACCAAUACUUAAUCACUCAUAUUAGCUAGUAUCAGUGUGAAAUUAAGCUCUUUAUUACAUAGUUAAGUUCUGAGUGUAUCUCGUCAAUGGCUAUAUGCUUCUUUCAUGCUGUUCCCUGAAUGAUACUUACAUUUGUCGAGAUUUUCGCCUCUGUCAUUUUAGAUUUAUUGCUGAAACGGUUAUGUCAUGCUCGUAUAAAGCUAGGACUUAGGGUAGGUUUGAAUUUUGUGACGUGAUUAUCUAACGACGCCUAAUCAACAUAUUAUAUACCUUUUUCUAAAGUAAAUUAUUUUGUAUCCCCGUAAGUAGAGAU